AUGUUACGCUUGUUUAUUUCCUUGUUUCUUGUUCUGAUCUUGCGUUCCUUCGCAAGCCAGGAAAACUCUGUAGGCAAUGUGAGUUUGGUGUUUUUUUAGUUUGUUCCUUGAAAGAAUUAAUUUUGUCUGAUAUAAAAGUAAGAUCAAAAGAAUAUGUGCUACUUUAACUAAUAGAAUUCAAUACUAAUACCUCGCGGAUUUCCUCUUGUUUAGCUAGCAAAUCAAACCCAUUACUGCAACUGUCUCGACGGUAAGCUAAAGACUAUGAAUAAAUCCUGAUUCUUAUGUGUUUAUGUCCUGGUUUAUGUUGUUUGUAGUUUAAUUUCUCAUUUGUUCCCUAGGAAGGGACGGACGAGAUGGUCUCAACGGUAAGAAAAGACAUCGCACAGUAAUAUAACCAUGCAUGUUUUCAUUAACUGACACAAUGCCAAGCAGUUACGAAUUCUAUUAAGUAGUAAAAUACUUUCUGAACCGAUCAGCCUUCCAAUUUAGUAUCUAUACGUAUAUAUCUGUCACACCUUCUGCCCAUAAAUGGAAUAGUAGAUUGCUAGCAGGAAAUACUGCCAUAGGAACUUAAAUUAGCCAUAUAGUUAGGUCCCAUUAAACAACUGGGCGAAUUCAUGUGAAAAAAAAUUGAGACUGAGUUCUGACUGUUGAAAAUGGAAAAGUGAACCUUGUUAAAAAUAAGAUCACGUAGUCAGAGCUGGGACUUUUUAAUUUUGAUUAUGUAGAAAAGUAAAUGAAGUAUUAAGCAAGAGAUAAAUAUCACUUACGUGGCAUUCAAAAUUGUUGUCUUCCGCUUUCUUUUGCGUGAGUUCUUCUCAUCCUCUUUUUUAAUCAUCACCAUUAAAUAAUUCUAUGUUUUUACACCCAAGGAAAGAAUGGUCGUGAUGAAAGAGACGGGAUCAACGGAAACGACCUCCUAAAGGUAAAAAUAUUAUAAAGGAAAAAAGUUUUUUCUGCUAUUAUCAAAUAGAUUAUUUCUCGGAUCAAAGAUGAAUAAGACAGACGAGGAGUUUUAAGAACACUGGACAAGAGGCUAAGAUUAUUCAAGUUCCCUGCUAUGCGCGAUUUCAGCUGCUUAAGAAACAUUCUCUAAAAAACCCGUUUGCUUAACUCCAGAGUCGAUUUUCUGUGAUACCAGGGAGUGACACAGUGCCACCUUAGUCUGUUCUAAAAAUUAGUUACAUAAGAUAAAACUGAAAUUCCGUUUAAAAUCCGACGAAAUGUCAGCGGUAAAGGUCAGUCUUAAGUAAAAGGAAUACAGAGAAGGAGAUCUGAGUCUUAAGGUUUCCUCAAGCGUGGAAGGGUUUUAAGAAUAGUUAAGGACUUGUUUGUUUUUCAGGGUCAAAAAGGAGAACGUGGCUCACCAGGCAACAACGCAAGAGGGGUAGUUAAGAUUAGCGAUACCGCUGAGAAAUGUACCGCAAGCAUCGCCGGCAGUGUUAGUUACAAUACUUCUCAGAAAUCCUUGCAACUCUGUGAUGGAAGCCAUUGGCCGCCAGUGCUCACUGUUGGAAAAGGUUACACGAAGGAUAGACCCGGUCGUGAUUGUUUGGAUAUUUUAAAUUCUCGUGAGCUUGAAUUGUGAUAAAUAAAAAGAACCCAUAAGAGACUGAGGAAAGUAAUAAUGGUUGUAGAGAACGCUGGGAAGUAGCUGGCCUGCAAUACAGGGGUACAAUUAUUGGGGGCGAGUGAAAGCUGCCAUAUAAAAGCUUGUAAUGCCGUGGCCGCCGUCUUUGAUUCUAUUACAGAGGAAGAUUGUGGAGAGUAGAAAUAAAAACCUUUAGGGCAGACGUAAGGGUGAAAGAAAAAGGUGGGGAAGGGGAGGGGAAGAAAAGCAUGGACUAGGGUAUUUGGAAGGAAACUAUCAUCCAAAGACGUAUUUCUUAAAUAAGCCUGCUAGAUUUCAUCUUAUUAAUUAUAACUAUAUAAAGAAUCAUGUAAAAUAAUAUUCAUUUUACAAUUUAUUUACGAUCAGGCCAAAGUCAUGGCAGCGGCUUUUACUGGAUUGAUCCAAACGGUGGCUCGACAAAAGACUCGUUCCAAGCCUUUUGCGACAUGGAAACUGAACGUGGAGGUUGGACCCUAGUUGCCACAAAGGUCUCCCCAGGCUUCCGCUUCAUCAAAACUGUUUUCUCGGCAGUGGCCACUGCAACUAAGAACGCAGAUGCCGCGAGUCACAUACACCCAAGUAUGGAGAACUGGAAAGAGGUUAUGUUCCGCUUUGCUGACGUUGAUACCAUCCGAGUCAUUUACAACAGAAAAGCGGGCGCACCAAACAAAGACAAGGAGGAAUUCGACAAGUUCUUGAUGGGGAAGUCUGUUACUUUGGUAAAGAACGUGACUGGAUUUUACAAGUACAGUCCAGCAGAUAACGAAAGAAAUCCUAGCGUGGGUUUUGCUGCCAUAUCCUAUUUCCACUUCUGGUCAAACACUGGGAUCUCAGAACAUCACGGUGGCACGGAUAAGUGGCUUGACAUGUGGAAUACUGGAGAGGACUCAAACAACUACAUCUACAGCGAUGACAGCAGGGCGCGGGGCACCAAAUGUAUCGCCGGCUACUGUUAUCUGAACAAGCCAAUCUGGGUGAUGGUGCGCUAG